AUGUCCAAAAGCUCAGCUAAAUUCGUUGUCCUUGAUGCCUCUGGCUCAAAUUGGCAUACUUGGCAAACAACCGCCAAAUUCGAGCUCAAGUCCCACAAGGUGUGGAAGUUCUUUGACCCGGCUAACCCCUCUUCCUCUCCUCCACCCAAAUAUUCUGCCGAAAACCUCGAGAAGAUCAAAAAGGGGGCAGACCCCUCCAAGUACAUGAUUCUCUCGGCAUAUACAACCUGGGAGGAGGACUGCGACGUUGCAAUAGCUUGGCUUGCUUGCUUAGUUGACCCUAUCCACGCCGAUAUCCUUGACUGCAGUACCUUACCAAAAAAGUGUUGGGAUGCCCUUGUUGUGCGCUUUGCCAAUCAAUCCGCUCAGGGCGUUACACUCACUCAAACAAAACUCGCUACACUGAAGUUUUCCAACGACGGAUCGAUCCCUCUUAGCAAUGUUCUUGCAAAGUUCAGCGGACUCGUUCUCAACCUGAAGCGCGCCGGACAACCCCUGUCCGAUGCCGAAACUUGCGCUUGGCUAGCCUUAGCAAUGCCCCUAUCUCUGCAGGCACAGAUCUCGACCCUCCAGGAGGGUAUGAACGCCAAAAACCCUGAACACUGGUACCAGUCGCUAUCUACUACUUGGGAGCAACUACAAGCUGUGCGUACAAACAAAGAGACUUUCACCGCCAAACAAGCCACAACCAACCCCAACCCCUUGUCUUCCCGCAAUUGUUAUGUAUGCAAGAACCCAGGACACUACGCUCGGGACUGCCCAACACUAUUGCCAGAGGAGAGGACCCAACGACAGGAGCGGGCUUGCAAGCGCAAGGAGUCUUGGGCUGGAGGAAACAAGCCCAACGAAGGAACGUCUGACCUUGCAGCCCAACUUGCACAAAUCCAAGCAAGACUUGCUGCUCUAGAUACUCGUUCUACGUCUACAAACAACAAUUCCUUGGGGUACAACACACACGCAAAGGUGACAAUCCUUUGUGCGUCCACAUCAGUCCUAUCCGACAAUGUCCACUUGGAUUGCGUCACACAAGACAUCUCUGGGGGACUGAUACUCAAGGCAGGCGGCGGGAAAGUGCCUUUGAAUUACGCGGCUAUCAACUCAGGCGCGUCUCGCCAUUGCGCAGCUGAACAGGCCUUUUUCAUUAAUUAUCGGACCUUAACCGAGCCUAAACGAGUAUACCUGGGUGACAAUAGGUUCAUUAUGGCUAUAGGAGAAGGGGACUUCCGAGUCUGGAUCAAUGGAUCGUCUGGAGAACGCGAAUGCAUCAUAUUUCGUCAUACUCUACACGUCCCAGACCUUGCAUGCACCCUCAUUUCCAUAAGACAACUCACCUGCGACUCCAAACCAGCUCUCCACGCCGUAUUCCGUGGGAACCAAUGCAAAGUUUGGAACGAAAAGGGGAUCGUUUUUAUUGCUAAGGCAAAUGAGUCCAUUGGAGGACCCUAUGCGAUCAGCUUACGCACCGCCCUGCGCCCAACGCUCCGCACUCCUGUUCUUGCGCUCACUGCUUUCCUAGCCGGAAAAUCGACCACGGCACUUAAUCCCCACGUUGCCCAUGCACGGUUUGGCCACCUGAAUGGAAAUGACUUACACGCUCUGGCCAAGAAGAAGUUGGUGAGCAACUUCUCCAUGUCCGACCGCCUCCACCGAUCCAAUCCUUGCGAGCCCUGCCUAUUGGCAAAAGGCCACAAGCUCCCCUUCUCCCCACAAACCGCCCGUUCCGACGUACCACUUGACCUAGUGCAUACUGACAUAUGCGGCCCUAUGGAUAUUGAAGCCAUAGGGGGGUACAGGUACUUCAUCUUGUUCUGCAAUGAUUGUACCGGUUAUUUUUGCGCGUACUUGCUCAAGAAGAAGUUGGGAGCGUUGGAGCGGUACAAGGAGUUUAAGGCUUGGGCAGAGCGGUCCUCAGGGCGGAGGAUAAAGUGUUUAAUGUCGGACAGAGGGGGGGAGUUUAUGUUGGAUACUUUUGAAUGUUUUCUACGCAAUACUGGAACUGUGAAUCAAACGUUGUCACCCUAUACUCCCGAACAAAACGGAUGUAUUGAACGCAAGAAUCAGGAUGUGAUGGGUAUUGUACAGGCCGUGCUACAAGAAUCGGGCCUAGCCCCCCGCUUCUGGGGCGAAGCAGUCUUAUUUGCCGCAUACACCCUCAACUUUUGUCCAAACUCAGCUCUUGGGGGGUCCAUCCCAUACACAAAAUGGACUGCCCGCACCCCAGACGUAUCUCAUCUCUGUUCUUUUGGAUGUGAUGCUUAUGUGCUUAUACUCCCAGAAUCUCAGCAUACCAAAACUGGCCCAACGGCUGCAAAAUGUGUCUUCACGGGAUAUACGGGGUCUGGCUACAGAUGUUGGGACCCAAAAACUCUGAGAUUUUGCGACUCCCGCCAUGUGGUAUGUGUUGAACAAAACCGCAACCAAAGCCCCCUCCCACCCGUACCACCGCCCUCGGAUUCCAACAUUUGGCAGGCAUUUGGUAUACUACCUACAGACGACGUCAGCUCAGAAUCCAGCUUGAGUGUUUCCUCUCCUACGCCCCGAGUUAUUGAUCUUGACGAUGACUUCAAUGCUCCUGGUUCAAACAGUCAAGAUCAGGGGGAGCAAGGAGACAUAGAAGGCCUACAUGAUGAAGAGGAAAGGCUAGAGGAAGAACCAGGUGUCCAGCCGCCCCAACAAGAACCUCGUCAAGCCGCAUUUACCGCAAGGCCCAAGCCCGUAACAGUCCCACGUUCAUAUAACAAGGCGAUUCAAGAUCCUGAUAAACACUUGUGGAUGGCCGCUAUUGCAAAGGAGUUCAACACCCUUCUGAGCAAGGGCACAUUUACCUACAGCCCAGACCUCCCACCCGGCAGCAAAGCUCUGAAAGGCAUGCUUGUCUUUGCAAUAAAAGUUGACGGCACGUACAAAGCUUGCCUAGUAAUCAAAGGAUGUGCUCAACGUCUUGGUCGGGACUACAACGAAAUGUUUUCCCCAGUAGCCCGCUCCGCCUCCCUACAAUUAGUAGUGGCUAUAUCUGUCCGCGACAGCCUCACAUUAUUUGCAGCUGAUUUCACAGCGGCUUUCCUCAACGGACUUCUUGAGGAAGAAAUAUACAUGGAGCAACCGGACGGAUGGAUUGCUCCCCCAGAGCACCAGGGCUUGUACCUCAAACUAGUGAAGUCACUCUAUGGACUUAAGCAAGCAGGUCGAGUCUGGUACAAGUGUUUAUCUUCGGCACUUAUAGAGCUAGGGUUUGUCCGUUUCAACUCCAAUAACUGCGUCUUUAUGCGACAACGCAACAAUACUGGUCUGAUUAUUCUAGCUGUGCAUGUUGACAACCUCACCGGUGCCGCUUCCAACGACGCAGUUUGGGACUUGUUCUGCGCUGAACUUAACGCAAAAUAUGAACUAAAGAACUUAGGCCGCGCAAAAGAGAUUUUAGGGCUAGAAAUUACACAAGACCCUAAAGCAGGAACGGCUUUAAUCACACAGAACCGCUACAUCAAAGACCUGGCUUGA